AUGGUCGCAUUCUCAAGUCUCUUUACUGUUUUCACGGCCAUUGUCGGCUCCCUCGCUGCUCCCGCAGAUCUGGUCAAGGAUGAUAACGUCCCUGACCUCGUCAGCCGUGGCCCUUCAAACUUCAUCAUCGAUACCACGAACAACACCUCCUUGGCUCGCCGAUCCGCAAUCAACUAUGACCAGGACUAUACCACCGGCGGAACAGUGAACUACUACUCCUCUAGCACUGGCUUUGAGGUCACCUGGAACACCGAGGACGAUUUCGUCGUGGGUGUCGGCUGGAACCCCGGAUCUACCACUCCCAUCAACUUCGGCGGUCAAUUCUCCGUAUCCAGCGGCACUGGACUCCUCUCCGUCUACGGCUGGUCCACCUCCCCCCUGGUCGAAUACUACAUAAUCGAAGACUACGCCUCCCCACCCAGCUUCGGCACCCAAAAGGGCUCUGUGACCAGCGACGGCGGCACUUAUACCAUUUGGGAGAAUACGAGGGUCAACGAGCCCUCGAUUCAGGGUACGUCGACGUUCAAUCAGUACAUCUCUGUGCGCCAGAGCCCCCGUACAGAAGGUACGGUUACGGUGCAGAACCAUUUCAAUGCGUGGGCGAAUCUGGGGUUGAAGUUGGGUACGUUGAAUUUUCAGGUUAUUGCUGUUGAGGGCUGGGGAGGGAGUGGUUCGGCUUCGUAUGCUGUUAAUAACAGCUAA